AUGUCUCAUGAACUAAUGUUUGCUGAAUCUGAGCAAAAUUAAACCAUCCUUACUGAUGAUUGUCCAAAGCCUUAUGCACUAAACGAAAUACAGGUUAACAUAAUGUUGACUGCUGGAUUUAAUAUAAGUUGCAAUUUGUAAAGUUUCAAGCUUCCAGUUACUUUAUUCAAUUGA